GACAGCGGUGGAGGGUUGUUUAAUGUAUCAAUGUGUGGUACGGCGGAGGAGAUGGAACGAAUGUCAAGAGAUGGAAGUCAUUUCUCAUUCUCCACCGGAAUCUUACCUUCUCUUGGUGCAAGAAGCAACCGCACCGUCAAGCUUCGACCUUUCAUCAUCUCUCCUUAUGACCAUCGUUACAGGGUAUGGAGGACAUUCUUAGUAAUUUUAGUACUUUACUCUGCUUGGGUCUCGCCUUUUGAAUUCGGUUUCAUGGAAAAAACUCAUGGGCCUUUGACGAUUGCUGACAACGUUGUAAAUGGGUUCUUCGCAAUUGAUAUUGUUCUUACUUUCUUUGUGGCCUAUCUGGAUCGAACAUCGUAUCUAUUCGUUGAUGAUCGUGGGAGAAUCGCUUGGAGAUACACUAGAUCAUGGCUUGCACUUGAUAUCAUCUCCACCAUUCCUGCUGAACUCAUGAGGAAGAUAACCCCUCGAUCUGUUCAAUCUUACGGUGUCUUUAAUAUGCUCCGUUUAUGGCGUCUUCGAAGAGUCAGCGCCAUGUUUGCCAGUUGGGAGAAAAACCGGCAUUUCAACUAUUAUUGGGUUAGGUGCACAAAGCUUUGUUUUGUUACCAUUUUCGCGGUUCAUUGUGCGGCCUGUUUUAAUUAUUUACUCGCGGCUCGGUAUCCUGAUCCGUUAAAAACUUGGAUUGGUGCGGCCAUGGGUGAUUUUAAACAUCAGAGCAUAUGGAUUCGCUAUGUGACGUCCAUUUAUUGGUCCAUCACCACCCUUACAACUGUAGGAUACGGUGACUUACAUGCUGUGAACAUUGGAGAAAUGAUUUUCAACAUUUUCUACAUGCUCUUCAACCUUGGUUUGAUAUCGUACUUGAUCGGAAACAUGACCAAUUUAGUUGUCCACGGGACUAGCAAGACAAGGGAAUUUAGGAACACAAUUCGUGCAGCCUCAAACUUUGCAAAGAGGAACCGACUUCCAGAUCGGCUUCAAGAUCAAAUGCUCGCGCACUUGUCGCUAAAGUUUAUGACCAACUCGAAAGGGUUAGAACAAAGGGAUACGAUUGAUUCCCUCCCUAAAGCUAUUAGGUCGGGAAUCUCAAAUUUUCUCUUUUACUCCCUUAUAGACAAUGUCUACUUGUUUAGUGGGGUCUCCAACGACUUGCUAUUUCAAAUGGUAUCUCAUAUGAAACCAGAGUAUUUUCCACCGGAAGAAGACGUAAUCUUACAGAACGAAGCUUCUACUGAUUUUUACAUACUCAUCAAGGGUUCGGUGGAUAUUGUAUUCACAAAAGACCACGAGGAGAAGGUGGUUGGGGAGGCAAAUGCGGGCGAAAUCUGCGGUGAGAUCGGUGUUCUAUGUGAAAGACCACAAGUCUACACUAUUCGAACCAAACGACUAAGUCAGCUUCUGCGAAUGAACCGAACCGAUUACAAGACCCUAAUACAAGCCAACAGUUCAGAUGAAACCGUAAUCAUGGACAACCUUCGACAAUACCUUGAAGGACGUAAGGACAUGCCAAUGAUGAACGAGGUUUUGUUGGAAAUUGAGGCGAAGAUGGCUGGGGGCCAGAUGAAACUUCCUUACACCCUUUGCUUUGCAGCCCAAAAAAAUGAUUCUGACCUACUAGAACAGAUGCUAAAAAGAGGGCAUGAUCCUAAUGAAGCUGACAAUAAUGGAAGAACAGCUUUGCACAUUGCAGCAUCAAAUGGGUAUGAAAAUUGUGUGCUUCAUUUGCUAGACUUUCAAGCUGAUCCCAACAGUAGAGAUUUAGAAGGUAACGUUCCAUUAUGGGAUGCAAUAUUAGCCAACAAAGAGGCCAUGGUUGAACUCCUAUUGAAAAAAGGAGCAAACUUGACAAACGGAGACGUAGGACAGUAUGCAUGCUUUGCUGCCGAACAAAAGGACCUAGGAUUACUCGAAAAAAUCGUCCGACUUGGAGGAAACAUCAAGCUUGCCAACAAGAAUGGCACGACCGCUCUCCAUGUUGCGGUUUCCGAAGAUAAUCUUGAAAUGGUUAAAUUCCUUUUGGACAAAGGAGCCGACAUGGAAAUCCCAGAUAACCACGGAUGGACUCCAAGGGGACUAGCCGACCAACAAGGACACGAAGAGAUUAAACUUCAAUUCCAAUCAAUUCGAGAUUUAAAGAAUAAUAUCAAGUCGGACUCUCUCGGGUCACGAUCAAGGCGAAGUGCGCACUUCCAGAUUGGAAGGUAUAACAGCGAGUCAAACAUGAUCAUACCCGUACCUAUGGAGAAUGUGCCAGCGAUUAUGGAUGGAAAGCCUAGGCCGAAGAGGAAGCCAAACAACUUCUACGGUUCUUUGUUUAGGUUUAUGUCGGAUGACCAAGUAGGAGACAACGAGUUUCUUAAGCCGCAGCCUUCAAGACAAGAGACAAACGUGAAUUAUGGAAGCCAAGUGUAUCCGUCUAGAGUAACCAUUAGUUGCCCGGAGUUAGGGAAUGUAGACGGGGGGAAGAAGGUGGUGUUACUCCCGAAAAGCUUACCCGAGCUACUCGAGCUCGGGUUGAAGACUUAUGGGUUGUUGGCUGGUAGUGUUUUGGACAAGAAUGGAGGUGAAAUUGACGAGGUUGAGCUAAUCAGAGAUGGUGAUGUUCUUGUUAUUGUAAGCGAGGGUUAUGAACUAAAAGAGCUUGAUCAUGAUCACCAAAAGCAUGUGUCUUUCAAAUGAUGAAAUUUGUGAUGUACUAC